AUGGAAAAGAAAUGUGAUGAUAUCGAAACAAAUAACGACGUUAAAGUACAAAGUCCUCUCCAAUUAUACGAUAAUUUGAAACCAUUAUUGAUUUCUCAAGCACGAGAAUCAUCUCCUUCUGCAACAUAUCAGAAGAAAUAUGUGACGCAGCCACAAACAUAUCAAACUGAACAAUAUCAGACGCAGCCACAGCAAUAUGUAGUUGAAAAGCCAACGCAAGUCAGAUACGUACAAAGACCAGUGACUGUACCACGAAGACAACAACAAGAUCAGGGUCUUCAAGAAGAAGAAGAUUAUGAUCCGAAUCCCUCGUACCAAUUUGGAUUUGACGUGAAGGACGAACUGAACACCAACUAUCAGAACAGAAAGGAACAAAGAGAGGGCAACAAAAUUACAGGAAGUUAUUCAGUAGUCGACUCAGAUGGGUUCAUUCGGACUGUUUCAUACACGGCUGAUCCGAAAGAAGGUUUCAAAGCGGAGGUAUCUCGACAGCCAACGGAUAUAGUAGUGAAAGUACCCAAACCACUACCACAGUUUCAAACACCAAAACAAAGAGUACAAUAUGUUCAGGAGACAGCACCUCAAAGAAGUCCAGCUCCAGACCACAGACAGCCAGCCAAUAUAAUUUACCAAUAUCAGUAA